AUGCAGCAGGAGCUCCUCGACUGCAUCACAUUUCCUUACGACGAUGCCACUAGAAGAAAACUCUUGAUUCUCUACAAGCAGAAGGAGUCUCUCUUUGAUGGUGAGAUUCUGCAGGAACAUUUGCUCAGCCAACCGCUGCUUGGAGUGUUCCUACUGCUUUUCGCUAUUUUUUCGCUAGGAUCCUUCGUAUUUGCCAUCAUUUUCAUCGCCUGCAGAGCCCUUGGCAAUUGUGGAGCGAAACGAUAUCAGACUCAUCCAACCAAAGGAAAGCGGUAUGUCCUAUUCCUAGUGAUGGUAAUCAUUUCGUGGGUCGGACUGGCAGGAGCGACUGUACAUUUUUUGACAUCCGCUAUAGCUUUGUGGAAUCCUCCCCUCGAUGUGGACACAAACGAAGUACCAGAUCUCCAUCAUCAAUCUGGAGGGCAUGCUGCGCUACAACGAGAUCGAAGAGACACUGAUGACAUGACUGUCCGGCAGCUUUUCGAGGAUUCCGACUAUGUUGGUGAUUUCGAACAAAUCGAUGCGACUACUGCUGCCGCCUUUGUGACGGAAAAACUCCAGCCGAACUCUUCUACUUUGAGUGACUUGAAACAAAAGAAAAAGCUUGUUGACCUCAAAGGGGCAAAGCGGAUACGGUAUUUCUAUGGACAGCACACGAAACCGAGUACUGCUGCUACUUCAAGCACAUCGUCAUCUCCAAAGUACUUCGCAAUUAAAACCAAGUCUAACACUGAGAUAAAGUCAAAGAAUCCUUCAACAGUUUCACCACAGUAUGGACGCCAACCUCAUGCAGGAUUCAUGACCCGUGGGAUUGCAUCUGUAAAGGCUAUCCGACAACCUUUCGUCUCCGAUACCUGGAGCAACGCAGGAAAGCAAGCUUAUUAUCGACAUCAUUUGUCACCAACGACAAACUCCUCGUCUUCGUCAUUAACAGCGAUUGUUUUGGAUAAUUCGGUCACACGAACAGAACAGCCCGAUUUGGUACUUUCCAAUCCAAAGGAAGCCGCUGAAGUAGAGAGCCUCCUCCAUAAUUUCAUCGCUAACGAUAGUGUGGAGCCAGCAGAAAAAGCAUCCACGACCACAUUGGUGAGCACAACAACGACAGAGGUGACUGAACCGAGCACUUCUGUCGUUACUACUAUGGAAACCACCAUGGGAACCUCACUGUCGUCGGAGAUCACAAGUACGGAAGAAGCCACUGCGACUCCUAUUACAAGCACGACUGAAUCGGAAAAUGGACACACUACAACAAUUGAGACUGCUGAAACUGAAAAAGAAGCUGAGACAAGCACCCAGCCAUCUGAAUCUUCUGAAGAGACAGAUGCCACUACUUCCAUCGAAAUCAGCGGUGAAGUAUCUGAUUUUUCCGAAGAAACACAGACACCCGCCUUGGGCAGUGAAGAAUUAUUCUACACUAGUGAUAAUCCAUUUGUGUCUUUGACAAGUGAGGGAACAACUGAAGCAGGCACUACCUCUCCCACUGCGAGUGUCCAGACAACAGCCUCGACCACCACAUCCGCCGAUACGACUGUCCAGACGACAACCUCAAAGUCGACAACGUUAACAACCACCACUACGACAGAACUUCCAACCGAGUCGACCACGUUUACGACGUUGAUCAAAACCACUCUUCCACCAGCUACGAUGCCGUCCACCACAACCGAAACGGAGGCGGCUACGGUCAGAACGACGACUGCAAAAACCUUUAGAGCCCCCUCGAGAUCGGACAAUGUCGAGAAGAAACACAAAACAAUUUACGUUGAAGAGGACAAACUGGUCGCUUUGAAAGUCCCACCGACAUUGCGUGUGAUGCAGCUGAACUCUACAGCUGCACUUCUUCGACAGCAGGAUCCCUCCGAGGUUCCGAAGAUCCAAAGGAAGUCGCGCUUUGAAACGCGCAGUACGUUCCCUGCUGAAAAACUCACCGUCAUGAGCAAGCAAAAUACAACUAGUGCUGUCAUGCCGGUGUUUCAAGAACAAACCUCCUGGGCCGCUCGCUUCUUCGUGCUUUUUAUCGGUAUCGUGAUGGUGCUUCUCACUAUACCAACUCCUAUUCUAGUCACUGCAGGUACGGUUUGCUAUAUGCGCAGUUACCACCCUAUGGAUAGAACCGCAUUUUCUGAGAAGGUUGGUCAGCUGUGUGUGGUUCUUGCCACGGUGUUCCUGUUCUUCACUCCUUGUCUCUACUUUUAUCUCGAUGUACUACUCGCCUAUAUUCACGUAUAUUUUGCUAUGUGUCCCUCUAUACGGUUAUUGCACCAAUAUAAAAGCUUAUCGCUGGAAGAACUCAGCAUGCUGGACGCAAAGCUAUCAGGUAGCAGCAAUGUUCAGGCUUGUCGAAGGAGUUCAGAGGCAUACGAGGGAAUCUGGUCGGCGUGCUUCGCAUUCGUACUCUUCUCCAUUCCGACGCUGCUUGCCCUGUUCAAGCUUUCCAAGUACUACCUCCGCAUGAAGACCGAGUACUACUGGAACGUCGGUGACGGAUACGGGAUAAUACGGCCGAAAGUGGCCACAACCACCGACGCCGUCUACGGCAACAUCUACGGCACCGUCCAGAGGAAGAGACCUGGCACCAAGCCCCCUCCCCGUCCGGUACAGCGAUCCCCCGUUGCGGACCGGGCCACAUAUGGGGUGUACAUCGAAACACCCACGUACGGAGUGUUCAAGCUUCUGGAGCUCAUGCAUAUCGAGAAGACCUUACCCACAACAGACAAAACUAUGAUGGAACCUAGCAGCUUCAUGAAAUAUGUGAAAGAUGCUGACACAAAACUUGGUCUUUGCAAGCCUCAGCAGGUUCAACGACCAGGGCGUGUGCAGGGAGAAGUACUAGAUUGGAGACGAUGA